GAGCUAUUUUAGUAUUUAUAGUACUACUUUAUCACCUCUGAUUAAAUCCUAACCUAAACCACAUACAAUAUGUUACUCCAUAGACGUUUCCACUUGUGCGAGAAAUAGUAUUUAAAAAUAUGAAGUUAUUUUCGUACAUUUUAUUCGUAAUUUUUAUUGUUGGAAGUGAGACGAAGAAAUUCACAAGAUGCAGACUGGCCACCGAAUUAAUUAAAACGAAAUUUAUCGAAAAGACCUUUUUGGGUAAUUGGGUUUGCCUCAUAGAAAAAGUAAGCAACCGUGACACAAAAGCCUUCGUAGUGACUCCCAGUGGAAAGAAAUUUUAUGGACUGUAUCAGAUACCGAGCAGAUGGUGCAGAGAGGGUAAAAAAGGAGGCGACUGUAACAUAGCAUGUGAAUCGCUACUCGACGACGACAUUAGAGACGAUACAGCCUGCGCUGUCAAUAUAUUUCACGAGGAAGGCUUUAAGUAUUGGACGCAAUGGACCAACAGAUGCAAGAAUGAUAAUCAUAUAACUACUGAAAUUUACAAAUGUCCAGAUCUUAUGUCACGAAGGAGUAACCCAGAGAGCCCACUUCAGAGUGAGAAUUUGAGGGUUAAAAGAAAACUUUCCAGAGUUGGCAUGGAGCGUUCAAGAGCAUCCAGCUAUUACGGGCUCCAAUAGUUACCGACAUAUUUGUUGUUUUUUUUACCUAUUUACAUAAACUGUUUUUGGUGAUUGAAA